AUGUCGCCUUCUACCCAUCUAGUACCACUAGGAGACGGUAACUCACCACAGUUUUCUCCUGAUAGCUGGCUUGACCUGACGCCGGGCUUGCUAUCUUACGAGAGUUCGGCGGCAAAACUUGCAGGCGUGGAUGAUAUGUCAGAUUUCUACUCAACUGGAUUCGAUACUCAUUCUGGCCCCCAUGAAGUCAUCCUCCCUCUCCGCGAUGAUCCAAGUCAAAUGAUGCCCAACAUCUAUUCCCUUUCAUUGGCUUUACCACAGGUGGAUCAAUCUUGUAAAGCGUCGGAGGGCACCACAUUCAACUUCGAGGAUGGGGCCAUUUAUGAUGCUUAUCGGAAGUGCAACAAGUCAUCGUCCAACUUCCUGUUGUCCACCACCAUUGGCUACGAGGCUUUAGCGUCCCCUUCAUCGUCACGACCCUGCACGGCAGACGAUGACAUGGGCUUUUCACCAUCUGUUACUGAGCUCUCCUCCUCUUUAUCCCAUGGCUGUCGUCUCGGAUCCAGUCAUGGAUUUUCAUUCUAUUCCGACUUUGAUCAAACUAGAGUCGAGUGGAAUCCAUCACCGAAAUGCACUCCAGACACUCACCCCACCGACAGCUCGCCCUUCCACUACACUUCUUCAUCCCUGAUACAGCCGUCCGAUGGUAUCUUCGAGCCACAGGAGGCUGUCAAGCCCCUGCCAGAGUCACUACUCGACCUCCCCUUUCCACUAAACGGUUCAGCUACCGCGAACCCCGCUAUCCCGACUGAUAUCAUAUCACAAGAAAAUUGCUGGUCUGCUGCUCUAUCACACCCCCCGCCACCGCGAACAUUCUCAACUAGUGAGGGUUUUACGACAAGAUAUGUCCAGCCUACCAGCUUGACGUGCAUUCAACCUCCCAGCGAGAAACCAAAGGACUCAGGAAUCGAAUCAAGUCAUGCGGCCAAUUACGGAAAAGCCUCGUUUUUGCCCGGAAAUUGGGAGUCACAAGGUAUCUUCUGCGAGGAGAAGAUUGUCGAUUCCCCUCCACCAGCUAGAAGAGUCGCCUCAACGGGGAAGCUCUUGUCAUCUAGAACUCAAAAAUCCACGACAAGGACUUUGUCUAAAGGUGAUGGCGCUCCAAGCGGCUCCAAAAGAUCUGGUCGUUCACUAUCGCGAGGGUCUGAUCAUCAUCAUGCCGUCGAUAAGACCGCCGACGGUAAAUACCUUUGUCUUCGGACCUCGAAGGAAGCUCAAGAGCCUUGCGGUAAAACGUUUCAGCGCUUGGAACAUUUGAAGAGGCAUUGGGCAACUCACGACGAAGUUAGGCCUUUUCAAUGCGAGAUUUGUGAGAGAUAUUUUGGUAGAUCCGAGUAA